UGCUGCGUUCCCCCCAGACCCCCCAGGGAAACUCGCGACCAAAUUGCACACUGUCGUACCAAAACGCCCAACAAACACCGAGUGACCGCUUAGUAGUUUCUUUCUGAACUGCCGUCCUCCCACUUCAAUCGUGUCCAUCACCGAGAGCGCAUCGCGUCGGCACGAAGUUGAACACCGACCGCCAAGUCGACACUACAGCUGUUGUAACAAGAUCCAUUUCCAGACUCCAUUUCUCAAGUACACUUAGGUCUUUGGGAUCCUGUACCAAUAGGUUCCUUCUUCCGAACCAAACAGCCACACUUUCCCACCAAGAACCAAUUCCGUCGUGUCGCAACAGAGAACGCAACGAACAAACGGCGAAAUGUCUACAAUAACUCCCAACGCUCUCCAGAGCUCGGUGCCACCGACCAUUCCCCUGCCCUUCAACGCCAACCAGCCCGAGACGAUCCGCCUCUACCCGCUAUCAAAUUACACAUUCGGCGUCAAGGAGACGCAACCGGAGGAGGACCCGAGCGUGCUGGCGCGCCUGAAGCGACUCGAGGAGCACUACAACGCGCACGGCAUGCGGCGCACGUGCGAGGGCAUCCUGGUGUGCCACGAGCACAACCACCCGCACAUCCUGAUGCUGCAGAUCGCCAACGCCUUCUUCAAGCUACCAGGCGACUACCUGCGGCCGGAGGACGAUGAGAUCGAAGGGUUCAAGCAGCGGCUGGACGAACGUUUGGCGCCCGUGGGCAGCCUUGGCGAGGGCGAGAAGGCGGGCGACUGGCAGGUGGGCGACUGCCUUGCGCAGUGGUGGAGGCCCAACUUUGAGACGUUCAUGUACCCCUUUGUACCGGCCCAUGUGACGAGACCGAAGGAGUGCAAGAAGCUUUACUUUAUUCAGUUACCCAAGUCGAAGGUCCUCAGCGUGCCGAAGAACAUGAAGCUACUGGCUGUCCCCCUCUUCGAGCUGUACGACAACACCGCUAGAUAUGGCCCACAACUUUCCGCCAUCCCCCAUCUUCUCAGCCGCUACAACUUUGAGUUCGUUGACGAGAACGGCGAGGUGGUGGCUGUUACUCCGGGCGAUGGAGACGGCUACGUACCCAAGACCAAGGUCCUUGCGAGUGGUGAUGAUGUGGAUAUGAAGACGGAAGAAGGCAACGGUCCUUAGAGAGCACAGCAGUCUUUCUUUUCCCUGCUGAAACACAUGCAUGACGCGAGGACGGGGCCCGUUGAGAUCACAGCGACUGGGCCGAAAAAAGACGAGGAACUUUGACUGUCACGGCAUCGCUCAACGUAUAAGUCACUUGGUUCGCGUCCGUACGAGGAGCAUGAAGAUUAAGGAUAUGAGUGUUUAGACUACAGGAGGAGCAGUGUCGUCUGCACAGCCAGGCGGGUUUCUGCUCCUCCAUUGUUCUAAUAAUUCUGAGCAGGAUAAUAAAGGGUCGAAGGUGACUAAAGAUGGCGGAAGAGUGAGAUUAGGCGAGACACUGACUGACUGGGUUGGGAUAAAGGCAUGACAGACAAGACAGAGCUCUUGCUACUUCGUAUUGAGACUAGGUCUAAAGAAGAAGAAAAAAUAAUCAUAGCUUUUCAACACACCUUUAC